AUGCGUCCCAGUUUCUCGCUUUUCUUCUUUUUCUCUUUUGCUUUCUCUUUUUCUCGCUUUUUCUCACUCUUCUUUUCUUUCUCUUUCUUUUUUCUCACUUUUCCCCUCUUUCUCUUUUCUCUUUUCUUUCUUUUCUUCACUUUGUUACAUUUCCACUCUUUUUUUUCUCUUUCUCGCUUUUCUCUCUUUAUUUCUCCCAUUUUUUUUCACGUUCUUCUUUUUCUCUCGUCUCUUUUUUCUUGUUUUUCUCUCUCUUCUCUUUUUCUUCUUUUUCUCUCUCUUCUCUUUUCUUCUUUUUCUGUCUUUUUCUUGUUUUUCUCUCUUUUCUCUUUUUCUUGUUUUUCUCUCUUUUCUCUUUUUCUUGUUUUUCUCUCUUUUCUCUUUUUCUUGUUUUUUCUCUCUCUUUUUCUUCUUGUUUUUCUCUCUUCUCUUUUUCUUGUUUUUCUCUCUCUUCUCUUUUUUCUUGUUUUUCUCUCUCUUCUCUUUUUUCUUGUUUUUCUCUCUCGUCUCUUUUUUCUUGUUUUUCUCUCUCGUCUCUUUUUUCUUGUUUUUCUCUCUCGUCUCUUUUUUCUUGUUUUUCUCUUUUCUCUUUUUCUUGUUUUUCUCUUUUCUCUUUUUCUUGUUUUUCUCUUUUCUCUUUUUCUUGUUUUUCUCUCUUUUCUCUUUUUCUUGUUUUUCUCUCUCUUCUCUUUUUCUUCUUUUCCUCUCUUUCUCUUUAACCAUUUUUCACUUUUUCUCACUCUUCCUCUGUUUCCUUUCUUUUUUUCUUUUCUUCACUUUCUAUCUUUGAAUCUUUCUUUCUUUAUCCCAUUUUUUUUUCUCUUUUUCUCCGUUUCUGUUCUCUUUUUCUUCUCUUUUUCUCUUUAUUUUCUCUUUCUUUCUUUUCUACACUUUCUAGCCUUUGCUUUCUUUGUCAUUUUCUUUUCUUUCUUUUACACCUUUUUUCACUUUCCUUUUUUCUCUUUUUCUCUUUGUCUUUUCUUCACUUUCUCGCUUUACCCCUCUCUCUUCCUCUUCUUUUUCUCUUCUUCUUUUCUCUUUCUUUCUUUUCCUCACUUUUUAGUCUUCCUCUUUUUCUCUUUUAUUUCUUUUUCCCUUUUCCUCUUUUUCUUUUUUCUUCACUUCCUCUUUCCUCGUUUUUCUUUUUACCUUUUUUCCGCUUUUCUUUGUCUUUUUCAUUUCCUGUAUAUACCAUUACUCUUCUAUGUUCUCGCUAUUCCCCACCCCCUUUUUUUUGGUUUUUUGUUGCCAAUUCUUUCUGCUGAACAACGCUAA